AUGUGGAAGAUAUCGGCUAUUUUAUUAUCGAUGGCGUAUGUAACGUUCACUAAUCUUAAGUGCGAAAUGAUCGACAGGAAGUACGGAAAAUUUACAACUUGCCAUAUUAAGGCAGUUAAUAGAACACAUAAAUAUUUGGAUGUAUACGCAAAACUGAAACCUAAUAUAUUUCCCAUCAACGAGCUAAAGAUAAAAUUAGAGCCAAUGCGUAAGGACAAUGGCUUUAAGCCGUUUUUUAUGAGCAUGACAGUCGAUUUCUGCAAAUAUAUGAGGAAUCCGAACAUUGCCAACAUAAUUGCCAGAGAAUUACAUAAAAGUUUCUUAUAUGCUACAAAUUUAAAUCACACCUGUCCGUAUAAUCAUGAUUUUAUUGUGGAGAAACAUUGGACAGGAAAUCUGGAAACAAGUAUUAGUAGAUAUAUUCCCGUUCCAAACGGAGAUUACGCAUUGUUUUCUACCUGGAUUAUUGCUAAUACUUCGCGGGCGAGAACAAAGCUCUACUUUAGAAUAUUUAACUAA